AUGCGCUCCGUGCCGUCCCCGCUCCGCUCCCGCCGCCCAUUCCCCACUCCUGCCGCUCCCAACUUUUAUCCCCAGCCCCGCUGCCGCCCUCGGCGGCUCCGGCCGCCCGCUGCUUUCAACACCUCGUAUCGAUCGCACGCCCGAACGCAAACCGAGCAGCCAAACUUCACUCGGGGAAUCGCCACACUUACAGUGCGGGAGGAAAGAGCUCCCGCACUGCCCGCUCCGCGGGGAAACCUCUGCGGGAAGCGCACGGCCCCGCCGGGAGCCUCCGCACGGGAGGUGGGCGAGGGGCGCCGCCGUCCAGCGGCUCCCCCUCCCCCGCCCGGCCCCGCGCUCCCCGCCGGCUCCUCCCGCCCCGCGCCCUCGCUGCCCCGGGCGGGGGGCGCCGCUCGGGCCCCGUCCCGCCGCCGCUCGGCCCGCGGGCCAUUGUCAGCGCCGCGCCCCCCGGCACCCCGCGCCCCCCCGGGCCCGCGCUCCCGCCAUUUCCGCCCGGGCGGGCGGAUGCGGCCGCGGGCGGCGGCAGGGCCGGCGGGCCCCGGGCCCCGCGCGGUACCUGGCGGCGGGAGGGACGACGGACGGGUCCCCGCGCCGCGGGGGGGAAAGUUGCCAAAAGAGGCGCAAAAGAGGCGGCGAGAGCGGCGCGGCUCCGCGGCCCCCGCCCGCCUCCCGCCGCCGCCGCCCCGGGCGCGCCUCGGCGCGGGUCCCUGA